AUGGCGGUUGAAGAGUCAAGCAUUGCAAAAGAUGUGACUGAAUUAAUUGGCAAAACUCCAUUGGUAUAUCUCAACCGCGUCGUCGAUGGCUGUGUUGCCAAAGUUGCUGCGAAGCUAGAAAUGAUGGAGCCUUGCUCCAGUGUCAAAGACAGGAUAGGAUAUAGCAUGAUUGCAGACGCUGAGCAGCAGGGACUCAUCAAACCGGGUGAAAGUGUCCUCAUUGAGCCUACCAGCGGAAACACUGGCAUUGGUUUGGCAUUCAUGGCAGCUGCCAAGGGUUAUGAACUUAUUAUAACCAUGCCUUCUUCAAUGAGUCUUGAAAGAAGAACCAUUCUUCUAGCUUUUGGAGCUAAGUUAGUUCUCACAGAUCCCGCCAAGGGUAUGAAAGGAGCUGUUCAGAAGGCAGAAGAGAUAAGGGAAGAGACUCACAAUUCAUACAUGCUUCAGCAAUUUGAAAAUCCUGCCAACCCAAAGGUUCAUUAUGAAACCACUGGACCGGAGAUCUGGAAGGGCUCCAGUGAGAAGGUUGAUGCUCUUGUCUCUGGGAUUGGAACUGGAGGUACGGUAACAGGUGCUGGAAAAUAUCUGAAAGAACAGAAUCCUCAUAUAAAGCUAUAUGGUGUUGAACCAGUAGAAAGUCCAGUACUGUCUGGAGGAAAACCUGGUUCUCAUAAGAUCCAAGGAAUUGGUGCUGGCUUCAUCCCUGGUGUUCUCGACGUUGAUCUACUUGAUGAAGUUAUUCAAAUUUCUAGUGAAGAAGCUAUUCAGACUGCUAAAGACCUUGCUUUGAAAGAAGGUUUACUGGUGGGGAUAUCAUCUGGUGCUGCUGCUGCGGCUGCAAUUAAGAUAGCAAAGAGACCAGAAAAUGCUGGAAAACUCAUUGUUGUGGUCUUCCCUAGCUUCGGAGAACGUUAUCUAUCAUCUGUGCUCUUCGAAUCUGUAAAGCGAGAUGCAGAGAGCUUGGUCUUUGAACCUUAA